UAAACGUCACGCGAGCCCUUGCGCAGGCGCGGCGCGGCCAUGGCGGCCGCCGUGGAACGCCGGCUGGCGGAAUUCCGGGCUGUCCGCGGCAGCGCCGCCGUCUCGCCGCGCCCCGCGGAGCCGCUGGGGAAGGCCGCUGCUCCAGAGCCCGCCGGAGAACAGCAGGCUGCCGCGGCGGGGCCGGGCGGCGGCGCUCAGGCCCGUCCUGGCGGGGAGGCGGUGGCGGCUCCGCUGUGGGCGCGUCCGCUGCUGCUGAAGGUGCUGCUGUGGGCGGUGCUGCUGGCGCUGUUUGCCGAGCUGGAGCUGGGGCUGCCCUACUUCGUCCUUUCCCUGCUCUACUGGAUGUACGCCGGCACCCGCGGCCCCGGCGAGCGGCGGCGGGGAGAGCUGAGCGCCUACUCCGUCUUCAACCCCGGCUGCACCGCCAUCGCCGGGACGCUGACGGCCGAGCAGCUGGAGCGGGAGCUGUAUUACCGGCCCGCCGCCGGGAGACGCGGUCCGGUCCCGAAUAAAGCCGUGGCAAAUCCCGCGCUGUGGUCUCGUUUCCUGGGGCGCUGUCAGCAAAGCCCCGGGCAGCUGGUUUGGCCGCUGCUGCAGCAGCACCGAGGGACACGGCCUGGUCACAGCGGGAGCUGCCAGCGGGUCGGCUGGUGAAUUUCAGCCCCUGCUGACCUUUGGCAGCAGUAUCAGGAAGGCUGAAGUUUGACAGCACAUUUAGCGGAAUGGUUAACUGCUUUUCUUCCCUGCACUGUCUAGAAUCCUCUUGCUGAAGAAAAGACAUGAAGCACCAUCCAUAUACCUAAAAUAGGCUGCUGCUUCUGUUUGCAGUCUUGUUUUUCAUCUAACACAAACAUCCGAUUUUAAUGCAGAUCUCUGUUUGCUUUGUAUUACUGCUUUCAUGUUUUGUAAUUUAAGCAAAAAAAGACUUAUUAUUAUUCCUGGCAGAUAACACAUGAUUUUCUUUAAACUUAAUUUAGAGAACUCUUAGGGUCAGUGUGCAGCAGACAUGGAAAUGCAAGAGGCCCUCAGACAGAAAGAGGGAUUUGCCCCGUUGUUGGAUACAGUCCUUUUCACACAGCACAGCUGUUGAUGCUGCUCACCAUCAUCCCACAGACUGUCAGGUGUUCUAUGAUCUACCAGCAUUUUUAGUUUAUAGAUCAUUGUGUUAAAUCACUAAAAGUCUUAGUAAAGAGGAGCUGGUAGAACUUCUGGGUGUGAGGACUGAGUUGAGAAGAAGAGUCACAAAUUGGUCUUUCAAAUCCUGUUUCAUUGUGCCUUUUCUAAUUUAAUAGUUACACACCAUGUUCAGACUUGCCACAAGUUUCAUCAUUGGUUGGGGAAACAAAAGGAAGUGUUUUGAAUUUAAUUGGACUGGAAAGAGAAACAAAAGUAAUAUAUUUAACACUGCUAAGCAUCAAUCAGUAGCUCUCCACAGCACUCUCUUAGCUUCUAUAUUGGUCUGUUAUGUGAAUUCCAAAUGUUCCUAUUUAAAGCCAAACACAGAAUUUUUGGAUUUGCACGUAUUUCUCUGGUAAAGACCCUUCAGUGUUCUCACUAUUCUUACCGGUUCCUUAUGAGUCUAUACAAGUAAUGUACAGCAUUUUGGUUUUGAUUAACAAAGCCUCUGCAGGUUCAAAGGCCUCUAUGAAGUAGACACAGAGUUGCAAAAAGCUUUGUUUCCUUGGAAGAACCAUGACUGUGAGUCCUCUCAUUCUUAAAAAGUAUUCCAAUUGUGUAGUAAGAAGGGCUCAGGUGAUACUUAAAUAUACCAGUGAGUGACAAUUUUGUGAGUUGAAACUUUAUUAACAAUAAUAAAAAUAAACAUCAGCAUAGUGUUCAUGGGGAGCUGAUAAUCUGACAUAUUGUACAGUUCAGUACUGUGGGUAUUUUUUAAAACAAGGAAAUGCAUGCAAAUAAAUAUUAAAUAUAAGGUAACAUCCACGACAUUAUAAAACAUUAUAGCAGCAAUGAUGGAAAUAAAGUUUUCAUUUGCUAUAAACUCUAGUUACAUUAUGUCCAGGUGAAUUUAUAGACUCUUCUAUUUAAUGCUUCAUGAAACAAGUUACCACAAUAACUGAGCAUGAAGCUGAAAGGCACAAGUAAUAAAAAUUCACACAGUUCAUCUGUUCCA